AUGUCGAUUUUAAAAUCAUUUCUGUGUACUUCGCUUGUUGCAAGUUUCUUUGCUUCAUCAUGGAGUGAUUACGUCACGGAACACAAUAAGUUUCGUGCAUCUGUUCAUCCAACAGCAGCAAACAUGUUGAAAAUGACGUGGAGUGAUGAACUGGCUAAGAUAGCACAGAAAUGGGCUGAUGGCUGCCAUUUGAAUCACAAUUCACUGAGGUCUCAGCAAUCCUCGACAUUCAGUUACGUGGGAGAAAACAUUUACUGGAGUACACGUAACCACACAGAAGAGUACGUAGUGGACCACUGGCACCAGGAGAAUACGGCUUACACCUAUACCAACAACACCUGCGCCGGCCGCUGUGGUCACUAUACACAGGAAAUUUGGUCUACUUCUGAGUAUAUAGGGUGCGGCAAAGCCCACUGUGGCAAAAACUAUUUUACCGUCUGCGACUAUGGACCAGGGGGAAACUACCGCGGAGAAAUUCCUUACACUACAGGAACCCCUUGCAGCAAAUGUCCUCAUGGCUAUCAUUGUGAACAUAAGCUGUGUACAAAGUCAAGUGCCACUCACACCACGCAUGCUCACACCACGCAUGCACCCACCACGCAUGCACCCACAACCACCACUCACAAGCCGCACCACCAUCAUCAUGGUUGA